UCAGCAGUUGAGAACGGAUCGGGUGACAUCACAGCUUAGACUGCAAAAAUGGGUUCCAGAUCUGGAGCUUUCAAUAAAAGAUAAACAAUGUCCCAAUAAUUUGAAAAGCAUAUUAAAAUAGAAUCACCCUUUGGUUGCAGAUACAAUUUUGCGCAUGCUUUUACCCAGCUAAGGGGAUUUUUAAAUUUAGUUCAUUAGCUUGGGAAGAGAAAGCAAACGAAGAGUGCAAUAUUUGGGAGCAGACAAACGGCGACAUUUAAGCAUAAUAUGUAUAUAGACCCUGAGAAUCAUUAUAUAAUAUGCACUCAAAACAAACGAAAAAAAUGCGCUAGAGAGACAAUAUUUCGAAACCACAAAUUUCGAAUCCUGAAAAUAAAGCUAUUGGCCAAAACUUAAAAAAUAAAUAAAUAAAAGCGACAUGGAGAAGGUCUGUCAGUUUUUCCGCAACAACUAUGUGCUGGCCAACUGCGAGGAUGCGAUAUACAAGAAGGCGUUCACCCUGAAUCUAUCCCACUACCAGAUGGCCCAAGUGCCGGAAAUCAUCGAGCAGUGCGAAACGCUGAUGAAGCUCUUUCUCAACCAAAACAAGUUGACAAAGAUUCCAUCCUCCAUUGGCAGCUUGCAGCGUCUACAAGUUUUGACUCUGGACUACAAUAAACUGGAUGAAUUCCCGCUCUGCAUCUGCCAUUUGGUUUGGCUGAAGUUCCUCAACAUCAGCUGCAAUAACAUAAGUUCUUUGCCCCCGGAAAUUGGUUAUCUGACCCAGCUGGAGACCUUCUGGUGCAAUAAAACGGGUCUAGUGGAACUGCCCGCCGAGAUUCGCAACUGCGAGCGCCUGGAGACGCUGGGAGUCCGGGGUAAUCCCUUGAAGAAGCUGCCCGAAGCCAUCGGCGCACUGUCCUCACUCCGUUGGCUAACCGCCGAGGGCUGCGAGCUCACAGAAGUUCCCCUGACAUUGGCGCUGCUGGGAGAUUUGGUUCAUCUGAAUCUCAAGGGCAACGUAUUGAGGCGACUGCCCAGGAUGCUUAUGGCCAUGCAGAAGCUAAGGUUCGUGUUCCUCAACGAGAACCGGAUUGAUGAGCUGCCCACGAGGGCUCAGCUGGAGGAGCUGCGCACCCUUCACAUGCUCAACUUGUCCAAGAAUCCCAUCAGUCUUCAUCCCGAUCUGCAGCUAAUGGCAUUGCGCCAGACCAACCUUUAUGUGGAACAGCCGGAGGAUCCUGCCGUAGCCUGCGAUGGGCUUUCCAGUCGGGCCAGCCUUAACACGCAGGAACAGCAGGAGGAUCAGGCUAGGGGCGCCGGGCAGGACAUCGACUCCUCCGACUGGGCAAACAGCGUACGCACCAGCGAACUGGACACCACGGACGAGAGCACGCUGGAGAACAACAUCGAGGAUCUGAGUGUCAUGCUGCCGGAAAUGUCGCGCUUUGUCACCACCUUUUAAAGGCAUAAAUGUAGGUAGCGGUCGGAUAUUAUGUAGCACUCAUAAAUCUGUGGUUUAUUCUCUA